CCACGACUCCAUGACACUCUAAAUAUAGAACAUUUCAGAAAGUAAGACGGAAAGUAGGCAAAAAACGGUGAUGUUCCCGGGACGGUGUGCUUCACUUGAUGCAUGUAUGCUUCCUCAGCUGCAGAGAAGCCAAAAAGGGAGACUGUGUGGAAUGGAGGAAAAGAGGAGGAGAUAAAACAACGCACAGAGAGACUGGCUGGGGGUAAAAAAACAACAGGAAACCGAAGCAACUCUAAUGCUGUUUCUGCAAAUCCCUCUGAGAUAAAGCAGUGUACUGCCUUCACCGCUCUACAUCCAGGCUUGUAAAAAGUUGGCCCGUGCCUUUUCUUUGAUCAUCAUUUGAUAUUUUGACUUUCUAAAGCGGUUUAAGUUAAACUGUGACGUCAUUUCUGCUCUCAGCCUCCAACACUGUGGUUAGUCAAGAUGUGAGCGGAUGCAGUCUUUUGGGAGCUGAUUGCUGGGAUUUCUAUGUGGCUGCUUUUUCACCUACAAACCCUCUCUCAGGGUCAUAUGGAUCGAUCGUCGCGCUUUCAAAGAUUUGUUUGUUUCAAGCAUCUGGACUACUAACUGGAGCCACAUGAAGAAUAAAGGGACUAAGCAGAAAUCCAAAAAGAAAAGAAGUGAAGAUGCGUUUGGCUGUGACCUGAUAGAACAUCUCCAGAAUUCAGGACAAGAUGUCCCUCAGGUUCUGCAGAAAUGUGCAGAGUUCAUUGAGCAGCAUGGCAUCGUGGAUGGAAUAUACAGACUGUCAGGCGUCACAUCAAACAUCCAACGUCUCAGGCAGGAAUUUUGCUCUGAGGCGUGCCCUGACCUUACAAAGGAAGUGUACCUCCAGGACAUCCACUGUGUGGGUUCCUUAUGUAAGCUGUACUUCAGGGAGCUUCCCAAUCCCCUGCUCACUUACGAGCUCUAUAGUAAAUUCACUGAAGCCGUCUCAGUGCAGGGGGAUCAUGAGAAACUCUUACAGAUUCAAAAAGUCAUCAAAGAACUGCCCGUCCCCCAUUUCAGGACUCUGGAGUACCUUACCAAGCACCUGGCCCACCUUGCCACCUUAAGCACCCAGACAAACAUGCACACGCGCAACCUGGCGCUGGUGUGGGCUCCAAAUCUGCUGAGAUCUAAAGACAUCGAGGUUUCAUCCUGUAAUGGAGACAUGGCUUUCCAGGAGGUGCGGGUACAACAGUCAGUGGUUGAGUUUAUUCUAAACCACACGGAGCAGAUCUUCAGCCACGAAUCUGUGCAAAUCAAACCCAAAGAAGGGCUGAGUUUGGUUUGUGGGGAGAAGUAUGCCACGCUCCCUAUUGGCGGACAGUGUGGGCCGAUGAAACUGAUGAGCCUGGAAGAAGCCCAAGCACGCUCCUUGAGCCCAAACCACCCAGUGCAUAAAGAGCGACAGCGUGAGAACAGUCUGCCUGACACCAGCACCGCCACGCUGUACCACACUGUCAUCGACAUAUCAGACAGCAAGAGAAAGUUUUCUGGGAAAUCAAAGAAGUGGAAGUCUAUCUUCAACCUGGGCAAGUCGGUUUCAGACUCUAAGGGGAAACUGAGCCGGAAUGGGAGUGUGUUUAUACGAGGACAGAGUCUCACAGAAAAGACAUCUCUUCGACCAGCCAGGAGCAUGGAGUCCUUGUGCUCCCUACCAGCAGAUGAUGACAGAGCAGGAAAAAGUCCAGCCAGUGGAACCAGUAACAUUUUUGUUCCAGACGUGAAAUCCAGAACACUGGGAUCAGACUCACUGUACGACCUGAGUGAACAGGAACCAAAUUGGGAUUUUAAAGGGAAGAAAGCCGGCGGUGCAACAGGUGGUCGGAGCCCUGGUAUGAAUCAAACGGGGCCCGCAGGUGCCUCGGCUCCUCCUCAGAAGACACUUCCAGAACAACUGAAGGUCUUCAAAGGUGAUGACCUCAGUGGCUACAAACCCACAUCUCCUAAAAACAGGAGAAUGUUGUACUCAGGCUCCUCCCACAACAGCUCAUCUCGGCCCUCUUUCCCAGGGAGCUUUUUCCCGCUGGAGUCUUCCCCUCGGCACCAGCGCAAAGCCGUCAACAUAUCUGAACCCUUUGCUGUGUCAGUGCCACUGCGAGUGUCAGCAGUGAUCAGCUCCAACAGCACUCCCUGCAGAGGGCCAGUUGCAGCCACUCUGAAACCCUGCAAAGAGAGCGCACUGUCGGAGCAGAGCAGCAACAGUGGUAAGAGCAGCAUUUUCCCCCAACUGGAAACAGAGAAUCAAGACAGAGAAGAGAGGAGGAACACUGAGGAGACAACCUCUGGAGUCGUGCCAGAGGAUUCAAGUGGAGAAGUGUUGCAAGAGGGUCAACAAGGGAUGGAUAACUCUGAACUGGAACAGUCUUCCCUUGCAAAUGCAAAGGAGGAUGAAGAUACAGCGCCAUCUCCUGGCAAAGAACUGCAAACCCUGCCAGCCAUGCAACUGGACAAGGGAACUCCCCCCACUGGGAAGGAGCUGUGGCCUGACCUCCACCAAGAGCUUAAAAUAACUGAACCCGAGAUUGACUUGAUGAAUGAGACAUUCAAGCCUGUUUUCUUCGCCAAGAGCACUUGUGAGGAUUUUAGGCUGAAGACAAAUGUUCAGUCAAAAAGAAGCAGCAGCUCUCCAACUCUGUCUUUGUUAUGUAGGGAGCAGGCUUCAAACACCCCUUUGAGUGAUCAUGUUAUCGCCAGUGAAUCAGCCUCUGCAAAGAAACAACCCUCAGAGUCAGACAUCCUAUUUUCUCUUCACAAAACCUUCAGUUUCACUGUUGGUGGAAACACAGAAAACGUUCACUCUGCUGAUAUGAUGAAUGACAAACAGAACAAACUGCAUCAGAUCUCUCCAAAACUGCAGCCCCUAAACACAGAUAAACCUGUUGAUACUAAGAACCGGCAUGCUCCCUCCAUGGACACGUGUUUAGACCUUGCUCCACAAAGACAGGGUAUAAAACCUUUGCUGACAGGAGAUCCUCCACCAGAUACAGCUCUGUCAACUGCAAGUAAAAACUACAAGAAAUCAGAAAAAGAAGAAGUUUCUCAGGUGGAGCAAAAGGCCUCCUAUGCUGGUGGAAAGAAAAAUGUGAAUUCUGAGUUGGACAGUAUUCAAAGGUUAUCAGUUUGUUUGGAAGACAGGCCCAAAACCUUGGAGCUCCCAAAUCUUGAUGAUGAAGAUAUUUGUGGAGGAAAUUCAGAGGAGCUGGACUUAGUGGAGCCUUGGGAGGAUCUAAGCUCCACCAAACAGUGGGUUACCAGUCCUCUCCACUCACCUGAACUAAAUGACUUGUUUGGCAACCUGCCACAAGCACCUUCCUGCUCUCUAGGGGAAACUUUGAGCUCAGAGAAAGGAAACACUUCAUCUCCCUCAUUUAACAGUAGCAAACUGACUGAUAAAUCAUCUCUUUCUAGGAGUGCUGAAUGCUUCUCAGGAAACACUUCUCAGAUAUGUAGCGGCAAACCCGAAACCAAAGGGACCUUUGUGCAGGCGUUACCUACAAAAAUCAACAUGGCCAGCCAUAAUGCACCACAGCCUCACACAGUCAAGUGCAGUACAACCAAGCAGAAGAACACCUUGCCAUCUCAGAGAUUUUACAGACAGAUGUCUCACGAGACUGCGCUUUCAGAGAAAAGAGAAGAGAACCUCUUCUCUAAACACAGGCCGUAUUCACUUAAUUUGGACUUGGGACAUAGGUGCAUAAGAGAUAUUUCUAAUCAACAAAACCGUAGCUCCUCUGAGUUCUCCUCCAGUCAGAGGGGAUUGCUGACCCCAUCUGGAACUGUAAGCAAUGGACUCCCCUUGGACCUGGAGUCGUUUCUCAGUGAUCACCAGGCGCCUCUACGCCGUAACUCUGCUCCAGUUAGUGUGUCGUCGGUCCGAACAGCAUUCAUGAUAAAGACAUGCCAGGCCAAAGCUGUGCCAGUCAUACCUCCGAAGGUGCAGUAUAGUCAGAUACCUCACUCCAGGACUGAGAAAGAUUUUGACGCAGGAAAGGGACAAGAAAAGGAAUACACUAAAAUGAAUACGGAGAAAACCAACACUGUACUUCCUCAGGCAAUUGCAGAUCUAAAGGAGGAGCGAGAGAACAAGGAACCUGCCCCCAAACACCAAAGACAGCAAAAUGCAGAGAAGUCUGCUGAGUCUAUGAAGACCACAUCGACCCCAGAGCUCCCAGUAAUAACGAGGAGACAUGCUCCCAAUCAUGACAUAUUCGUUGAUUGCCCCAGACCCAACAGAGCAAACCUCUUACAAAGGCCAUCCUUUAGGAACAGGCAGAGACCACAGAGCCUUAUUCUGCUCAGUCCCCCUUUUCCCAUCAUGGACUACCCACCAUCAGGGGAUGAUGGCAAGCUACUCCUUUCCCCUGUCAAGAGCCUUGACACAUCAACCAUGAAUGCCUUGUCAAAAGAAAUGGCAGAGAACUUCAGGGCCCCAGAAGGGAUAACUCUUCAAAAUAAAAUGACUAUUCCAAAAAGUGGACAGAGGUUGGAAACAUCAACCAGCUGCUUCUACCAGCCACAGAGAAGAUCAAUGAUAUUCGACAGCAGGAGCCACAGGCAGAUCGAGUGACUGGAACAAGAAUCACUGCUUAUGAGAUCUUUAGUUUGUAAAUACAUGUAUAAUGAAACUGAAAGGACUAGAUGAAUGAAAUUAUAAUCUAUUGCAAAUAAUAGAUGAC